AUGGCAGGACAUCCAGGUGCUUACAUGGGCUGGUGGGGAUUCAUUGGAUCCCCCAAGCAAAAGAACGUCACUACCUACACCAUCUCCCCUUACGUCGGAUCUCCUUUGAAAGGAUCAUCGGAAAGAGCCAUUUUCAACGUUUGGAGAAGAACCAAAGCUCAGGCUUUGUAUGUGAUUAUUCCAGGUAUCAUCGUUUGGAACGUGUGGGCUCAAGCUAGAGACUACAAUGAAUACCUGUACACCAAGGCAGGUAGAGAGGAGCUUGAGCGUGUUAACGUUUAA